UACAUACGUCACGAGCGGUUCCCUCCAAGUGUUUAGUCACUUUUUUGUAGAGCGGGCUGUUUAUCACUUUCUCCCGUGGUUUACUGUAGACACAAAUGAACUUUAUGAAGUGGAUUACUGGUUCCAGUGGAGAUUCUACCAAUAAUGAUGAAUUAGAUUAUUCAUUUAUUUUUCCAGUAACUAUAGGAGUAGGAUCAAUCCUCAUUUGCCUUGCCGUUCAUUACCGAAACGAGUUACGUUUGAGAAUCUACAAAAAUGCCAAGGACGAAAAACAAGCGCCUAUACGUCGUGGUAAUCCGUAUACGAAAGAAAACAAAAAGAAAACUAAACAUUCCAACAAACCUGAAUCACGUAUUCCUGAAGUUCAGGUUCAAAAAACAACGGAAGUUAAAAGCCAGACACCUCCUGUUGUAAAUGAAACGAAACCUCAUGUCGUAUCCACUGAACAAACCCAACACACUGCUGUCCAACCUCCUAAAAUUAAACAAGAAAAUGUAAGCAAUACCAUCGAUAGAAUUGAAGCUGAAUUCUUUAACCCCGUACCAAAGAAGCCGAAGAAAUCCAAGCGUUCAUCUAAAACGAAAGAUAAUGAUGGUCAUGGUUUACGUGAACAGGCUGAAGUCGAUCCAGCGUGGGUUACGGUUACUUCUAAAAAAGUGAAACUCACCAGUCGAAGUUCCCAAAAUAAGACAAAGAGUGUAGAGAGUGAAGCAUCAGGGGAUCAAUCAGUUUCGGACAGUCAAUCACCAUCGGACUCAGUAAACGAAUCACCUAUUCAACAUAACCAAGGAAAUUCUAAGCAACAAGAAUCUCCUGUCAAUAGUAAGGAUAAGCCUACGAAAUUAGAAUCCAGUGUAAAAACUACAAAUUCUCCUAAACAAGAGAAAGUCACCACGCCAUCUGGACGCGGUGAACAUGUUACAGUCGCCGUUGAGAAUCCAAAUCCUACAACAUCCUAUGAAGAGUUACUAUUAAGGAAUCUUGGCGCUGAGACUGUGACAGCUAUCCGUUCUCUCAUUCUUAAUAGUGAGAGUCAUAUACCUCGUUCUCCUGAAGCUCAUUCCUCUCCUCCUCCUCCUCCUGCGAACAAUACUGAAUUAAACAAACAAAAAACAUCACCUGUACAGUCAAAGGAAUCGAAUCAGGCACCUAAAAAGAAUGACCUCAUCUCACAGCAUACGACAGCACAACUACAAGCCAGAGAAGCUGAAUGUCAGAUCCUACGCACAGAAGUUGUACAUCUUAGAGAAGAAGUGACAAUGUUGAAAUCACUGGCUAUUAACCACAUUCCUAUUAAAAAGCCAGUGACUGAUGCUGAAACCAUGACUGAUGCAAUGGAACAAACAAAGACGUCAUCGAACGAUCCAGAUGCGGUACUGUUGUCUACUCUUCAGGCAGAAAUCGCUCGUUUAGCCAAAGAAGUAGUGAUAUAUCAACAACGUAGUGAAAACUUGAAGACUCGCCUGGAUGCAGCCAAUAAAAAGUUAUCAGAUUCAAAAUCUAAAUCCGUCGAUGAAGCAAAACUAUUACAGCAGUCAUUGGAUUCACAAUCCGAAAAACUGCAGCAUCUGGAGACUGAGAAUAAGCGUUUAGAAAAAGAAUUGAAUGAUGCUUUACAGAAAGCUGAAGUACAUCGUCGAAAAUUAGAGGAAAGCGAACACAAUGUCAAUCAGCGAUUAGAGGAACUUGAAACACUUCGAGUGGAUAUUUCAUCGCUUAGGAAAAAUUAUGAAGCUCUUGAGGAAAGCAACUCUUUACUUCGUGAUGAAAAAGAUACAUUGACGCGUAACUAUGAUGAAUUGAAUAAGAAACACGCAACGGUUGUAUCCGAAUUGGCUGCAUCUCAAUCACAGUGUAGUGCAUUCCAUCGACAAGUAACUGAAUAUGAAGAACGUUUACAUAAACUGAAUGAACAACAUCAACAUACUGUCGAUGACUUAAAAGAACAAUUAAAGUCAUUACUGUGCAAUAGUCAAACUAAUGAAAAAUCACACAUUAAUAUGAUACAUACAUUGGAGGCAAAACUGGAACAGUUAACUAAAGAAGCUGAGGAACAAAAGAAACAAAUUAGCCUGUAUGAAGUUGAAGUGAAGCAUUUACAAGCACAGAAAGAUAAUCAGGUUACUGAACAAAUGAAUACUGUGUCAAAUGAAGAUAAAGAUAUGCAGACUUCUGAUGAUGUGUGCAAUAGAAAAUCGAAUGUCAAUCAGUCAAACAAUACAGAAUCCAAUCAGUAUAUUGUUGAGUCUAUGGAGUAUAGAUUGUUACAAGCUCAGGUGGAACAGUAUAAAUCAGCACUGGAUGCUACAGAACUAAUGUUAUCGAAACUACAAACUUCAGUGAAUGAAGAAGAGGCACGUUGGCAUAAAGCGCUUGAUGCUGCUAAUAUUGAAAAUGAACUGUUAAAAACAAAGUCAACUAAACUUGAAGCAGCUUUGAACGAAUUAGUACAGGAUCGUAAUGCCUUGACAAAGACAAUUGAAGAGCUGCGUAAUAAAACUCAGUUGAAUAAUUGCAACUCGAUUGAUACACCAAAUAAUAAAACUGAUAAAUCAUCGUCUAUUUCACCGUCACCUUCGUCACCACUCUCGACUACUACGACGACAACAGACACAGAUGAACAAAAUAUGUCUAAAUCUGAAUUGAUUACUUUAGUGACUAAACUUCGUUAUCUUGUUGAAGUUGAAAGGAAUGCCUUGAAACAAGAACAAUCCUUAUCAGCAGAGUUGAGAACAAAGCUGAAUGGUACAAAUUUAUAUGAUGACAAUAUUAGUAAUAAUCAUAAUAACAAAAAUAACAACCAUUUACCAAAUUCUUUUGUGGAUGGUGAUGAUGAUGAUGCAGAGAAGACGUUGAACUCAAAGGAUCAACCCUCUUCAGGUGUAAGUCAUACCAAAGAUAAUGAUAAGUGCGUAAACCACAAGGAUAUUAGUAAUCAUUAUAAUACGCACAAUAAUAAUAAUAAUAACGGCCAAAAGGACACCUCCGACAAUGAUGAUGAGGAUGACGGAUGACGAUGGUGAUGAUGAUAAUGGUGAUAUGGGCAAGUGUGAAAAAAGCAACACUUCAUAUGAUGUCAUCUCCAAAGUAGCCGAUUGUAUUCCACCACAUGAAAUAUCAUCAAACGAUAGCGGUUAUAUCCUUUUAUCGAAUGGUAUAAAUGGAAAGGCGGUUAACAAUGGUGCUGAGAAUGGUAAUAAUAACAACAAUAAUGAUGGUGAUACUAAUUAACUUUUAACUGUAAUGUGAUUUUCUUUCUGUUGUUUUGUUUUUCUUGUUUAUUUUGAUGCUCUUGUUUCACCCCCCCCACCACAUGGUUUUCUCCCCCUCCACACUUUAUUCACCUAUUUCACUUUCAUGGUGUUACCCCCCUAUUUCCUUCUUGAAUAGAUCGCCGUUUCAUUCAAUCUUUCUUAUAUCGAAUCGUCUUUUAUUCCCUGUUUCUUCUCUUUGUCUUACUCAUCACUCGUUUCAGUGUGAUACAAUCAGGAAUGAAUGUUUUCAAUAAUGAUACCAUUAUUCUUAUGACAUAUUUGUUCUUCUCCCAACUCCGCGCUCUGCCCCAACUUUGUCUUUCUAUAUGUGUAACACUUGUGUGCUUGCGUGUGGAUUCAUUAGUCUGUAUAACCGUCUGGUUUGUUAUGCCACAUGUGGGUUUUUGGGGUACCCUCUCACUUUUCUUUAUUUUUAUUCCCUUUUCUCCUUCUUUAAUGUAAAUAUAACUGUUGUUCUUUUUUUGUGAUUGUUGUAUCUAUCUAAGCUUUUCUCAGUUGAAUACAUAAUCAUAUAUAUGUAUGUGCAUGGAUGUGUGUGUAGGCUGCUCAUAGCGAUCCUGUUAACAGACAAACGACACAUAGUUGAUUUGUAUUACAAGUUCACAUGUACACGCAUGCAUACACUGAUAUACGCACACAGAAACAGUGUGUACUUAAGACUCAAUUGGUUCUUGUAUGCCAAAGGGAUAUAAUGUGCACAGCAGCUUUUGCGUUCAAGUACAACAACACUCCAUGCUUUCAUUGAUAUAUUUCUGUUUGUCUGUCUGUCUAUCUCUCUCUUUCACUAAAAGUGCCUUAAAAUGUAUGAAAUAAACAAUUUUGAUUAUUAGAACUACUAUUACACAUAUGUUAUAUAUAUAUAUACAUAUAUUAGCAUUAAAUGCAAUAAAUUAAGGUGUUUUGCUAAGAAAAAUAAAUUUUCCUUUUGUACUUUGAUAUCAAAAAAAAAUUUUUUGUUUGUUGUUGACGGAACAUAAAACACACAAUUACUAACUAUUGUUACUAUUGGGAUUAUCACCUUCUAUUAUUAUUAUUAUGAAUACUAUUGGUAAUCUAUCGAAUAUUGAAUAUAUAUACAACAACACAUACUAUGAUGUGGCCUGUAUGACUGAGUUUCCUGCCCCACCUUCUUGUUCGUUCGGUCACCAUUUUGUAUUUUUUCUUUAUUUAUCAUGUUGCAGACUUUCCGCCUUUUCUAAUUUCUUGUUCAUUGCUAUUGUUUUCACUGUUCUGUAAUGUACACGUUGGGAGUAUAUUUGUGCAUGUUUGUGGGUGUUUUUCGAUUUUCGGGAUACACCCAUGAUUUGACAACACAAACUCUGUACUCUUCAACACCUUCCUCUUUAGUGAAAAAAAAAUAAACCCGAAAACAAACAUAGGCAUUUGUUCAAAUGUGAAGAGGUUUUUUUUUCUAAGUGUGUAUGCGUGUGUGUGCGAUUACACUUUGUGUUUUUGUUUCUGCACAAUUUUCUCGGGUAGGGAUAAACAUAAGUAUUGAUUUUUUUCUUUACUUUUCUGAUUAACAAUUUGUUUGCUUUUUAAAAUUGUCAAGUGUGUGUGUGUUUGCUGGUUUGUGAGCGUUUGUCUCCUCAUCGGGAUUCACUAUGAAGAGAUGACAAUGAAGUAAAAGAUGAUGGUACUACGAUCAGUCGAUCAAGGGUUGAACUGAUCACUUGUGGUUUUUUUUGUUCGUCUUCUUCUUUUCCUUUAUUUCUCAAUUUCUGUUCCCCUUUUUGUUUCUUAUAUUAAUUAUUUAUAUAAAUAUAUAUACAUGCAUACACAUUAUACAUUUUUGUGAAGUCAGUUGAUUGUGUAAUACAAUUGUUUCGUUACAGU